AUGCUGCCUAUUGCCACAGCCUUCGAUGGCGUGGCCAAUUCUUCCUCUGAAGCCAUUGCGGUUCAAUUUGAGGAAACUCAAUUCUGGACGUAUGCGCAGCUUCAAAAGGCAUCCCGCCAGAUUGCCCAAGGCUUGGAUGCACACGUCGGCCCUGGUCAAUCCGUCGCAGUGCUCCUGCCUCGGUCCCCAACUCAGAUUGCAGCAAUCAUUGCAAUUCUUCGACUAGGGGCAGUAUACGUUCCCAUAAAUAUGGAUCUCCCUCAGGGCCGGAUCGAACAGCUCUUGGCCCAAUUGACAGACCCUUUGGUGCUCUGUCUGCACGGACAAAAGCCACCUGUUCUACAGGACGUGAACCAAGCCUGGCUGGCCGUCAACAGUCAGGAGAAAAGCAUCAAUGUCAUUUGCAAUAAGAUUGCCAGUCGAGAUUUACAAGAGAUUCGAAGGGAAGUCCAUGUCGAAGACGUAGCUGCAGUUUUGUUUACAUCAGGGAGUACCGGCCUGCCUAAAGGCGUCUGGCUCACCCACCAGAAUCUGCUAUGGCCAGCGCAGACAGUGGCCAGACAGAUGCAGAUCACACCCGCGUCACGGAUGCUGCAAUUCUCGCAGUGCUCCUUUGAUGCGCACCUGAUUGAUAUUCUCAGCACUAUCCUGUACGGUGGCUGUUUGCUACAGGUCUCCCAGGACAAUGUAAUGAGUGAUCUUACCGGCUGGAUCCGGCGAAUGAAUCCCAACACGGCACACUUUACUCCCAGUACGAUCUUGCUUUUGGAUCCACUUCGGGUUCCUUCGAUCAAGAGAUUGGUUGUUUCAGGGGAGCAGGUCUCGCGAGAUCUCGUCGACCGUUGGGCAAACAGGGUUCACCUGGUGAACUUGUAUGGACCAUGUGAAGCAUCAUCAAUCACUUUCAAAAUCCUUCAUUCUGGCGAUGAUUUCAAUUCUGUGGGGAAGGCGGCGAGCUAUGCUUCCAUUGCCAUUGUGGACGCAGCAGGCAUCGAACAGUCGGCAGGAGUCCCGGGAGAGCUCGCUGUUAAGGGUGAAACAGUUUUCCAGGGAUACUGUAACUUUGCUUCACAUGACCGUUUUCUGGGCACAGUUCAGCGCCUAAACGGCCCUGAUCGUGGCCCGUGGUACUUGACAGGCGACCGCGCAUAUGUGGACCAAAGUGGUGAAUUUCACCUCCUUGGCCGCGAUGACGACCAAGUUAAAAUCAAUGGCCAGAGAGUGGAGCUUGGUGAGAUUGAACAUGCCAUCCAGCACCACGUUGGCCGUGUUAUUGUGCGAGCGCACCGCGUUGACGGUCACACACGUCUGUUCGCCCUCGUGUCUACUGCGAAGACUCUUGGAGCGCCAGACAAGGAGAUUGAACUGGAAAAAGAAGCACAUGGGUUGCAGAAAACCGUCGUUGCAGUGUGCCGGGGCCUCUUCCCGGCAUACAUGGUUCCCCGAGUGCUAGUCGUCGAGGCCUUGCCGCAGUCGCGCAAUGGAAAGAUCGAUUUGCAAAAAAUAAAGCUUUUCCUCGCGCAACUGUACGAGAAUGAUCAGGAACCAAAGCUCACUAUGCAGCAACUAGACGAGAUGGAAGACCGAAUCCAGCGUUUGGUCUAUCAGCGCCUUUUGCAGCACGUCCCCAAAAAUGAUAGCCUGUUCGAUUGGGGAUUCAGCUCGUUGGACGCUAUGUUUCUCGCUCAGUUACUCUUCGAUACUACCGGUUGCCAAAUAUCGUUUCGUCAGAUUCUUGAAGCUCCUCGAAUCAUAGAUAUCGCCAGAUUCUGUCGGGGAGGGUCAUCAAUGGCUGCUGCCCCUCCUCUCCCACUUCUUUGCCCAGCUGGGAAGUGCUUCACACCCACUAUCGGUCAGGAAAGCAUGUUGAAUGCGUGCAUGGUGUUUGGAAACCAGAUGCAUAUAUUGACCUUUGCCUAUGAGAUUGAAUCUACCGAGCUUGAUCCCUCUUUGCUAUUAAAGUGUGUGCAGACGAUCUACGACCGCCACGAGGCAUUUAAUACAACAUAUGAACACGACUUUGCUGUGUUGCCGAGUGCCCAGGCUCGUGUUAAUGCCCAAGGAUCGCUGCCAAAUCGGACUGUGUUUCACCCGUGGACGAAGAGCGAGAAUUGCACCGAAGAUGCGAAGAAGGUAGAAAUCUUCCGCAGAGAGCUCAAUCGUGACGCCGACAUGGAUUUAAUGGAGGAUUCACCCGCAUGGACGGCACUGCAUCAGCUGACACAACGCGGAGAAAAAUGGCUGGUUGUCUUCAAGUUCCAUCAUUUAGUGAUAGAUGAGCUAUCAUUUGAUAUUUUCCUGUCCGAGGUGCAGGAGCUCUACAGUAGUGGAUGCAAAAAGCAGCUUCCGCCUCCUGCGACCCAAUAUAGCCAGUUCGCCCAGGUUCAUCGCAAGGAUACCGAGGAGAAAGCAGCCCGGGACCUAUCAUGGUGGAAUUCUCUAGGCAAAAGCUUACGCCCAUCUAAUCUAUUUGCAGAGCACCAUGGCAUGUCAGGGUCGUUGCUGUCUCUGGCGAGCGAUAUCUACUGGCACGACCUCCAUGAUUCCGAUGUCACAAAUUUGCUGAAACACUCGGGAAAUGGCACAAGUAUGUUUAUCAGUUGGCUUGGGUUCACACAGGUGUUUCUGAGUCGCAUGACCGGGAAAGAGCAGUAUCUUCUGGGAGUCCCUACCUCCCAUCGUACCAUCGAUCGCCGUUUCACCACUGUUGUUGGAUACUGCGUGUCGCUGAUUGUGGUACCCGUGUUAGUAAAGCCUAAAAAGACCAUCACUCAGCAUAUCGCCGAGAUGUCAAAACUCUACUGGGAGUGUGUGGAACAUCAGCAGUCAGUUGAGGAUGUCUUGCGUUGUUUUGCAGCAACAGAAGGUGGUAGUCAGCACGCAGGCUUAAAUGUUCAAUUUGCGUUCCAUGAAAGAAACGUCACGCAAUCCGUUAGUGACGGUGUGUCCCUCCCGUGGCAGGAAGUGCAAGCGCCAUCAAGAGGAAGCCACUAUGAUCUGAUCAUCCAUAUUGAUUCCUCCUCUCAUCCUCGCAGGGUAGGAUUCGAGUAUCGCACCGAGGUGUUGAACAAGAGCGCCAUUAUUGACUGGGCUGCCGCAUUUGAGCAACUUCUUGGUAGCAUUGAUACUGCGGUCGACCCCAGGGUUUCAGAAGAUCCAUUGACAGGGAUCACAGAAGCGCAGAACGUUCUCAGUCCCACCUUGAGCAGGCCUAUCGAGAUAAGAACGUCCGAAAGCCAGGUCAUCCCGGCGACUAGGCUGGAUUUGUCGGUGACAAACGCUGGACUUGACGCAGCUACAAUUCAUGAUGCUUUACAGAGAGCCUCUAUUGUCGACAGCGAUGUUGAGUACAUAUAUGCCCCGUCUGCAAUGCAACUUUCCAUGCUCUUACAAGCAUCGCUGAGUCCCAGCACUUAUAACUUGACGCUGGCGCUGCACCUCGAAGGGCGGGUAGACGUCCAACAGCUACGAAAUGCCUGGUACAAGGUCGUGACCGCGCAUCCUGCACUGAGAACUAUAUUCCACGGAAUUGACCAUGAAAGUCUUCCUUACGUCGGCGUCGAACUGAAGCCUGGUAUUCGUGUCCCAGUUUUCAAUUUUGUCGAUCAAUCGGCAAUGACAUUUAGCGAAUUGAGCACUCUACUCGACAGCGAGCAGAACGCGUUACACAAAACUCGCAACGGUCUUCUUCAUCGGUUUUUGCUUGUUCGCGCGACCGAUGACCAGUACAAUCUAGUCUUGACGAUGCACCACGCCAUCAUCGACGGCUGGAGCCUGCGCAGACUGAUGGCCGAUCUCCGCACAGCUUAUGCCAACGAGAAGGUCGUUGCAGGUAUCUCUAUUUCCACUCUUCUUGCAGAAAAGACUGGUCUUGACAAAAAUUUGGCACGCAUCUUCUGGAGCCAAUACCUUGCGACUGCGAAGGGACCAGACGUGGUAAAAUCUGAUGUCGAUGCCGGUGACCAAUUGACACCUGAUAUAAAGAUUAUUCAGCCUCGACGGCCUUCGCGUAUCACUCCGAGUGCCUUGAGUGGUGUCAGUAGGAAGUUCGGCGUCACGUCCUUCACCGUUGUACAGGCUCUUCUUGGUUUGGUUUUACCCCGGACAAAUCAGACAAAAUCAACAAUCUUCUGGACCACAAGCAGCGGAAGAGCCGAUCUCACUGGUGACGUUGAUGCCAUUGGAAAUUUCUUAACUUCAAUUCCAUGCGUGGUGAAUGUCGAAGACGACGUGUCGAUUGAGUCAUGGCUGAAACAGACCCAGAAAGGCUUCCAGAAGAGCCUUGAGUACGAUUAUUUGCCUACACCAGACAUUCUCAAAUGUCUACCGGAGACUCAAACGCAGGUUCACACGCUGAUAAUAUUCGAGAAUCACCCUGGUGAAGGGCUUGAAGGACUCGCGGAAGAUAUUCGCAUCACCAAAGUCGAGGGUCAGGAAUACUCAGAUGUGCCGCUCACCAUCAUUGUCCAGCCAAAUGAGGAAUCUGUUACUCUGACAGCCAAAGUUGAUCAGAAUCGAGUUCAUUCCGGUCUCGCGCAACGCAUUUUGGACCGCCUGCAAGGAGCCUGCGAGGAGCUCUGCUCUGCUGUCACAACUUGCCAUACAACCCAAUCACUGGCUGCGCACAGCAAUGAAUAUCUGGAAAAGUCUGCUGCCCUGUCACAAAAUCUGGAAAUUCGGCAGCAGCCUUCGUCUUCCGAACAUCUUGUAUCGCUGUUCAUAGAAGCGGCAAAGCGAUACCCUGAUUGCCUCGCUCUCUCCACUGUCUCGUCACAGAUUACGUUCGCAGAGCUGAACUAUUUGACAGCAAAGGUAGCGAGGAAGCUAAUCCAGACCUCCGGUAACCGGCCGGGGGUCGUUACAUUGUUCUUGGACCGUGGCAUAACGAUGAUCAUUGCCAUGAUUGCAGCGCUCAGAGCCGGUAUGACCUACUGCCCAUUGGAAUAUGACGCACCGUCCGCUCGUUUGGACAAGCAGACCCGGCAGAUAAAUGCUUCCUUGGUAAUUAGUGACCACAGGGGAUUCUCUCGACUUGGCACGGGCUUCUAUCAAGGACUGCAAACACUGGACAUUGACCAAGCCCUGCAAAGCCCCGUCAAUGACCUAUCCGUUAUCUUGCCAGUCGUUUCUUCCGAGUCUUUGGCCUAUAUAAUGUUCACUUCGGGUACCACGAGCGAACCAAAGGCCUGCACUCUCUCCCAUAGAGCCGUCGCCCAAUAUGUGCGACAGGCCAUUGUACACUAUGGUUUCAAACCCGGAUCACGCGUACUACUUUGCGCGAACUACGUCUUUGAUGCCUCAGUGACAGACAUCUUUGGUUGUCUCACCUCCGGAGCGACACUCUGUCAGGUGCCCGAGGAUAGUCUGCGAAGUGACCUUGCCAUGUGUAUCAACACCCUUCGGAUCGACUCACUUCAUGUUACGCCGUCAAUGUUAGGCCUGCUGACGCCUAGCUCUGUCCUAACUCUGCGUACUGUCAUAUUAGGCGGGGAAAUCAUCUCGCCUGACCUUGUGGAGCAGUGGGCGGAAUGUGUGGACUUGUACGGCUCCUACGGCCCAACCGAGACCGCAGUUCAGGUUCUCAUUCACUGCGCACGCAAAGGAACCUGCAUUGCAUAUGAUGCCCUACCCGGCAAUCUUGUCAUUUUGGUCAACAGAGACGGCGAGGUCUGCUAUGCAGAUGAACCCGGAGAAGUCUUGAUAGCGGGUAACCAAUUGUUUGAGGGUUACUAUGGCAAUAAGACCGCCACAGAGGGUGCUAUAACGCGUUUACCCGCGUUUGGAAACACCCGAUUCUACCGAACAGGCGACUUGGGCGUCUAUACUCCAGAGUUGCGAAUCCGCAUCCUUGGGAGACACGAUCAUCAGCUGAAGGUCUCAGGUGUACGUAUAAAUCCAGAUGAAGUGGAAAGUGUGCUGCGGCUACAUCCCACCGUCCAUCGCGCAGUGGUCACCGUCGUGAACGGCCGUCUUCAGGCUGCGGUCGAGGCUCACGAACCAAAGCACGAUCUAGAAACAAUGGAAAUAAUGGAGUUCUGCAAGAUCCAUCUCCCUGAGCGCCUCGUACCUAUCGUGAGCCAGGUUAACGAGAUACCGACCCUCCCGAGUAUGAAAGUCGAUAGACGAGCCGCUGCCCAGAUACUGAUGCAAGCGUCAGUGGGAGUGGGCAGCCCGACAUCAGGCUCGCUAUCUCCAAACGAGAAACUGAUUGCUGGACUUGUGAAAGAAAUCACCGGCAAUGAUGUCUCUAGUGCUCACGUACCCCUCCAACAACUUGGACUGGACUCUCUUGGGCUAAUGCGACUUCGUGGCGCACUAGCAAAGCAGUAUAAUAUCUCUCUCACGUACGUCAAAUUACGCCGCGCACGAACACUGAAUGGCAUCGCCGCGUUAUUGCAGCCAGCAACCUGUGGCGAGAGUAUUGUGCCAAGCUGUCCCACUCUAGAACAUCAAUCUAUCGCUCUCGGGUCAUAUCCAGCUCUGCGCAGUCAGGUUACCAUGUGGUUGGCUCAAGAGCGCCUUCAGGAUGCUACCUAUAACGUGGAGCGUACCAUUGAGUUGAGUGGUUUAUCAGGAGCGGCCGUGCUCGCCGGCGUCAUGGCAGUGACCUCCCAGCUCGAAAUGUUCCGAACAGCAUUUGCUCACAAUAAAGCCCAGGGGAAAGUUUUGCAGAUCCUUGGACACCAGGUAUUGAUUGAGGCCCAUUACCACACCCUUAGUGCGGAAAAAGAUGCGAUGCAGCAAGUGAAAGAAAUCUUGGCUGGGUCGUCAUCGCGAGCGCUUGAUCUACACCGCGGGCCACUUUCGAUUUUCCAUGUAUUCUCUGAGUCAGAGAACAGAAGUUACCUGUCAACAACGAUCCAUCAUAUUCUCCUUGACGCCUACACAGCUGCAGAAGUGACGAUGCUGAUUGUAAAAGCGUCUCGGGGGGAACUUGUUGUUAACCAUAACGACAACACAGCUUCUUAUGCGAAGCGCCUGACAGAGGCUGGGAACAGCCAAGCUGACCAGAAUCGCAGACUGGAGAACUGGCUGGCAAUGCUGCAGGGAGCCUUGCCCUUCGUUCCGGCCCGUCCAGCUCUCACCAACGGGGCAGGAUUCCAGUCCGUGCGCCGAAGAAGCUUCCUUGGACCUAGCUGGCACGGUGAGAUUUCAUUCGAUAUCCUGCUAGCUUUGUUCCUGGCUCUUAUGCACCGCUAUUCUGGCUCAGGCGAUGUAUUGGUGACUACUCCAGUGUCGGAACGAGGAUAUGCGCCUGGAGCAUCGACCGUGCUAGGCAAUCUCACACAUACAGCCUUUUUGCGAAGUCGGCUCUCAGGCCAAGACAGCUUUAAUGAGUUGUUGACAAGGACCCAGGCCAGCAUCGAGUUUGCCAUGGAGAACAUUGUUCCUCUAGAAUCCGUUUUCUCCCAGGCCGGGCGGAAGUUAGACGAUCAUUCUGUUCAGUUCGUCACCCAUGACAAUCGUCCGUUUGAACAAAAGGGGAUGGUUGAUAGAACCCUCGAUGUGGUUGAUCAAAGCAGGCCUAUGUUUGACUUGAUGUGGCAUGUAUUCAUCCAUGAAGAUGCGAUGGAGAUUCUGGUUGAAUAUAACACUGAACGGCAUCAUGGUGCCUGGAUGCAUUCAGCUAUUGACGGCUACGCCACAUUGGUGUCAACAAUUGCUAACAAGAAAAAUCAACCCGUGAACAGCCUACUCAACGACAUACUGCCACCUCCUUGGGUUGUGCCUGAAAGAGUCACGUUUUCACAAGCAGAAACCAUGUCAACAAGCUCAAAUUCAAUCAAAAUGAGUCCUGAUCCAAGUUCUCCAGACGUUGGCGAUCAUUCAGAGAAACUACAACUCAAUAAAAAGGAGCUGCCACAAGCAGAUGGCUUGGAUUCGCUUGCGACAUCGUUGGUACUGUCUACAAAGUGCAACACGCCAUCCAACGAUAGCACGGCAGAUGAAGAGGUUGAUUCUGCUUCCUUGUCAUUACAAGAGCUGAAGGACGCCAUGAGCCAUGCUAUCUGCAAAUCUCUGGGGAUUACGACAGUGGACCCAGACCGAAAUCUCCGGGAACUUGGCUUAGACUCAUUUGCCUCUAUGGCGUUCAUUUCCCAUAUGUACAACUUCUAUCCAGAACUUGAGAUCGGUAUCCACGACAUCGUCCAGUAUCCCACCAUUUCUGACCUCGCAAACUACGCAUUGCAGAUCCAAGCCAAUGACAGCCCACUUGAUCCAAACAUGCAGGACCAUGAAUACUUGGUGGUUUCUCCAUCUGCCUCAAAUGAGGAGGGCGUAAAGGUCGCGCAGGCCAGUUCCAUCCAGCGCCGGUUUUUCCUAUUGCAGGAACAGCUUGGAGACACUACUUAUAUUGUUCCUUUGCUGUAUCUGGUUGUAAGUCAGGAUCUGAGCAAGGUUUUAGAUGCAGUACAGAAAAUCGCGCAGCACCACGAGAUCUUCCGCACCACAUUCGACCUCGAGGGCGACACUGUUGUGCAAAAGGUCGCCUCUUAUGCUCGGUAUAGCUUUGAGGUUGACGAUUUGAGGCACAGAGGAAAUAUCGAUGAAGCAAAACUUGCAAUGCGGCAAGUGUGCGCUGGGAUCUGUGGGCAGGAAUUCGACCUCACGAUGGGGCCACUUCUCCGCUGCCGGGGCUUUAUCCUCCCAGAUGGUCAGCAAUAUGUGUUCCUGAACUUCCACCAUAUAAUCGCAGAUGAGCAAUCUGUCUCCUGCUUUGUGAGACAUGUCGAGAUGAUUGUAAAGAAAAAGGGACCGAUUGACACUAUUGUUCCAUCCACCUCGUACCUGGACUUUUCGGAGCGUCACAAUCGGGCUCUCCAGCCGGAUCACAUUUCAUCGGCGCGGAAGUGGUGGACGGAGCAGAUGAGGUCACAGCCACUCAAAGCCUGGUCAACAUCGCAUGAGAGCCAAACUGAGCAGUUUGCCCCGGCAAAGCAUGUUCGCCAUAUAGCCUCCUUUGACUUUGAUCCCGCAAGCUGGGCAUACUCGUGUGGAGCUACUCCAUUCGGUACAUACCUCUUCACUUUGCAGCUACUUUUGACUCUACGCUCCGGCUCCCGAGGCAGUACAAUCUUGAUCCCUGCUACCAGUCGGUCUCCACGAUUUGGCGAACAAGAAAUGUAUGGAUGUUUCGUCAACACUUUGCCCGUGCCGAUGAUAGCGGAGACCGAUACAACGGCAAUGGAAAGCCUGAUGGCGUUCAACCCGACCUUGUUUAAGAUCUUAGGAUUCUCCAAUCUCCCAUUCGAGAAUAUUAUGGAGUUCAAUGGGCACAAGAUGGGUGACUUUGACAUGAUGUUUGUUUAUCAUGAGGAUCAAAAAGUUAAGAACGAAGCCUCCAUGCUUCAACCGGCGAUGGAUCUCAUGCCAGCGCUUCCCGGAAUCACGGCCAAGUUCCCUAUAACCUUUUCCAUGACUCGAUGUGUGAACAACGGAUCGACCACGUUGAAAAUGUAUGUUGAGCACAACCCAAAUUUAGUGAGCAGCGACGAGGCAGCCACAGUGUGCCAGCAAUUUGAAGAUGUUCUGAGACUGCUCACCCUUCGACAAGGAGAUCUCUCUCUUGAUGUGAUUAGACAAACCCUUGAUCAUGGCCCUGUUGUGCCAUACAGUUUCCAUGGGAAGUGGGACCGUCACAUCUUGGAUGACCCCCUUUCGGACAUUCAGAUUAUGCAACAGGCCAAGAAGACCCCGGAAACCACCGCCAUUGUUUUUGAGGACUCUGCUUCAGUCACAUACCGAGAGCUGGUUGAGAUGGUUCAUGGCGUCGCGCAUUUCCUUUGCUCGCAGGUUCCAGCCUCCGAGCUGCACCGCCAGAACGUUUGCAUUGUAGGAGACGUCUCUAUUGCACGGAUAGUUGCCAUCUUGGCAAUCAUGAGCAUCGGCGCUGCGUAUAUUCCACUUGAUAUGAAGAAUCCUCUUGAGUGGAAUGCCACGAUCAUCCGCGACUGCAACCCCAAGUGCAUUCUUUUCUUGCCAGAAGAAAGCGGAAGCGCCAGAGCGGAGGCAUCUAAUAGCCUCAGGGCCUAUCUUCCUACAAUCUCAAGCUCGAUCCACGGCAUUGGCAUCACCACCCCAUUACCCAAAGCUACAAACCCAGCUAUCGACAUGCAAAGAAGAUCUGAGAUGGACCUAGCGUACGUUUUGUAUACCAGCGGAUCAACCGGUGUCCCUAAGGGCGUUGCCAUCGAACACCGAGCCCUAAAGAAUUCGGUACAUGAACACGUGAAGCUCUAUCAUCUAUCCGCGGAGAUUCGACUGCUGGCAUUGGCACCCUGGACAUUUGAUGUCUCGCUCAUGGACCUUUUCGGCCCACUAGUGGUGGGGGCUACAAUGUGCAUUGGACGGAACGACUAUGUCUUCUCGGAUAUCGAGGAAGUUGCGACUGAGAUGAGUAUCACGCAUAUCUCCACAACUCCGACAGUGGCUGCUCUCUUACGACCAUCGCAUCUUCCUUCCGUCCGCAUGCUGGCAAUCGGUGGCGAACCCUUGACAGCAGUGGUGCGCGAUACCUGGGCCGAAAAAGUGACUCUCAUGAACGUGUAUGGCCCAACCGAAGCUACUGUAGAUGUGGUCUGCCGCCAGGUCGCACGAGAUACCUCGCCCAAGAACAUCGGAUGGCCGUUGACCAACGUUUUUGUAUUUAUCGUCAACGAGGAAAUGCAGCAGGUUUCCGUCGGCGAAGUUGGGCAACUUGCUGUUUCAGGACCGCAGGUGGCCCGUGGUUACAUUCGUGAGCCCCAGGGCAAGCCCUCCCCAUUCGUGAACCAUCCACUCUAUGGACGUCUUUACCUGACAGGCGAUUACGCUCAAUUCGAGCCUGACGGAAGUGUGAUCUGUCUUGGACGGAUGGACACGAUGGUUAACCUUCGGGGAUUGCGGAUCGAGCUAGGUGCGAUUGAGCAGGUCGUGGAUAAGGUUCUUGAUACCGGGAAGUGCGUGACGCUCAAGAUCGAACGGGAUGGUCAAGAAGCGCUGGUUGCAAUUUUCACGAACAAGAAUGAGCAGUCGGAGAUCGAACUUUUGCCUCGACCCGUAGGACAAGAGUUAGCCCGGUUGUUUGAAUUUGCACGAGCUCUUUCAAACAAGCUCCCGAGCUAUUUCAUGCCUACAUACUGGAUUCCUGUCACAGGUUUCCCGCGGAACAAGAGUCAGAAGUUGGAUCGCAAGGCGAUUCAGAAGUAUAUUGACGCAAUGCCCAGCAAUGUCCUUUCACAAUACCGCUGGGAUCAGUCGGAACCUAAGGAAGCUCAAAAGCUGGAAACAACCCCGAAGGUUGAGCAUACAACGUUGGUGAUGACCUCCAACGACAGCCUCACACCCAGCCAGGAAACUAUUCGCCAGGCCUUUAGCAGCGUCCUGGGAGACAAGGCAUAUACCCCUGGCAGUAACUUCUUCUCUCUCGGUGGAGAUUCUAUCUCAGCUAUUCGACUCUGCAGUGCUCUGCGAGCUAAGGGAGCACAAGUCAAAGUCCGGGAACUGUACGAGAGACCGACAAUUGAGAAACUUGCUGUUCUGGUCGAGCAACGAAUGCCUGAAAAGCAGGGAAGCAUCCAGCCUGCCAACAGUCCCCCUAAAGUACAAACAUCGUCCGUCAACUCUGAGGUGGAGCGGAUAAUCAUUGACGCAAUGUACAAAGUCCUGAGCGCCCAAGAUGUCAAAGUCGACAGUAACUUCUUUACUCUUGGAGGAGAUUCAAUCUCAGCUAUUCGCUUCAGCACCACCUUACGUAGCGCUGGAUUUUCGGUCAAGGUCAGGGACAUUUACGAAACACCGACGGCGCGGCUUCUUGCUACUAAGCUAAGCCCAUCCCGAUCCUCCUUUAGGGCGUCUCAGCCUUCGCACGUCUCUGCUGCCACGCCCAUUCCUCCACCUCCCGAGCCUACAGUGGCCACGCAAAUCUCUUUGAAAAGUCCUGGUUCGGCGCCCGAACUUGUCACCGUCGUCUGCGCUGCGUUCCGCAAGGUCCUGGGGGGCCGGUCGAUGGAAGAUCAAAGUAACUUUUUCACUUUGGGUGGAGACUCGAUCUCAGCUAUCCGGUGCUGUACUGCACUUCGCAGCUCCGGAUUUACGGUCAAAGUCCGUGACAUAUAUGAGAAUCCAACCGUAACAGCAUUGGCGUCCCUCCUAGCCCAGCGAGGCCCGAAGCCGGAGCAGCAAAGUCCCAGCCAUGUGAGCAACGCCUCUCUCCUUCGAAACACUCCCAUAGUGGAGUGGUUUUUCCGCUCAGCUCGUGCUAAUGAAAACUGGUUCAACCAAGGACAUGUAAUCCAACUCGCAGAUCCACACCGGUUUACCGAUCUGGAGAGGGCCUGGCAGACCUUGACUAGCCUUCACCCGAUGCUCCGAGCCCGGGUUGUGGGUGAGGGCUCAGAGAAGUCGAUAGCCGUUCCAAACUCGUCAAAUCCCCAGGACUACUGCGUUCUGCGGCGCAAUAUGAACUCUUGGGAGGAGUUCCGCCAGGCAGCGCAGGAGCUGCAGUCCCGUCUCAAUAUACGCAAGGGACCCAUCUGUGGCCUGGGUGAUUUCACGGUCGAGUCAACUGUGUAUGCUGUGAUUGUGAUAAAUCACUUGGCCGUAGACGUGGUGUCCUGGCAUAUUAUAUGGCAUGACCUUGAUUGCCUGUUGCAGGGAAUUCGCCCAGAGGACGAAUUCAAUACGUUUAAGGAUUGGAGUGACCACCUUGCUACUCGUUCCACCAAGAAACGUCUUCUAGAUUGUCCGGCCUCGGAAGCCGGCAAUGAUUUCUUUGAUAUCGAUGCCGUGGCUUUGCAGAAAAAUACGGGCAGCUCGGUGCACUUUGCCAGCCUCAAGUCCCCGGCCGAAAUUGUGGAGCUUGCCACCAAAGUACACGAUGUUGAAGUGGUGGACAUUAUUCUUGCGGCUUUGCUUCUAGCUAUACGGAGAUGGAAAUCGGCCACCCGUGUCGAGCUCAAUUUUGAGAGUCAUGGAAGAGAGUUGAACCAUGAAACGCUCGACGUAACACGCACUGUGGGCUGGUUCACCUAUAUUAUUCCAAUCUCAUUCUCCCUGUUACCGGAUACCGCUGGCAGAGAUUUCGUCAAGCAGGUGCGUGAACAUCGGAUCAACGCGGUGCGCCAAAUCGACUGCGCUGCACCGAUACCCGACCAAGUACAGACGCAUCCCUGCACAUUCAACUAUCUGGGAUAUACAACUAGCUCCUCGUCUUACGCAUCAUUCAAGAAGGUGCGCGCUGACAUUGGGCCACUGGAGGAUCCUCGUAAUCGCAGAUGCUUCACCAUCGACUUCGAGGCGGCUGUCAGUAACAACCUGUUAACUGUCGGUGCGUUCUUCAGUACGGAGCUUUUCAGUCGAGAGAGUUUGACCCAGCUACUGGAAUUUUGGACUGCGGAUAUCCGGGAUCUGAGCACUAACGACAGUUCAUGUACCCCUGUUGCGUCAGUCGAAUCCGUGAUCCCCAUGGACGCAGCACUUGAAAGUGACCGUCCAGCCAUUGAAGCUUCUCUGGGGUCACAUCGCAUACCGGCAAAAAGUGUAGAAGAAGUACUGCCCGCAACAGACAUGCAGACCGCCAUGAUGCUUGCUAGUUUGGGAUCUCGGUCAUACAUGCAUCGGUACGACUACGUGUUGGAGGUUCAAGACUUGGACCGGUUUUGCCGUGCGUGGGAAGAAGUAUUUAUCAAUCGUCAUUCCAUUUUCCGCACGGUUCUUAUCCCCAUCUCUCGCCCAGGGAGUACGACAAUGGCCCAGGUGGUCCUGCAGAAAGAGACAGUGGUUGGCAGACUCCUUGUUCGGGAAGAACCACCUAAGACGCAACGCGCUAUGACUGGCCAACUUCUUUCCGUACUGUAUGUUUUCAAGUCUUCAGCUGGGAGCCUCAAUGCAUCCUGGGUUUGUCAUCAUGCUUUAAUGGAUGGGUGGUCCCGACGACUCGUGUUCGACGAGGUACGUCGUUUAUAUGCCGGGCACACGCUGUCCUCGCCUCCAGCUCAGUUCCGUGAUCUUGUAUUCCAUCUUCAAUCUCAGAAGGAGCAGAACGAUCAAUUUUGGAGUCGCUUCAUUGAGAAUGCGCAGCCAUCACUUCUGGUCGAGCAUGGUGCAGAUGAGCGUCUCUCGGUGAGACAGCCUAAGAGCCGACAGUACCGCAUAAGAAUCAAUGUCGAUCCAGAGGAUAUGCAAGCUGUGGCCCGGGAUCACUGCACCACUAUAUCCGCGCUGUAUCAAGCAUCUUGGGGAUUGACUUUGGCUGUCUAUCUUUCCUCGGCAGACGUGACAUUUGGUCUUAUUAAUGCGGGCAGGAGCCUUGAUCUAGACGGUAUACAUGCCAUAGUCGGCCCCUGUCUCAACAACACUCCAAUGCGGAUACAAGUGAAUUGGACGGACAAGAUGUCCCAAUAUAUCGAGCAGGUUUCAGAGGUAUCCAUGGAGCGGAGUCAGUACGAAGGACUCUCACUUCGUCAAAUCUAUGCAGCGUCUGGUCAAAGUGAUCUUUUCAAUACUACGCUUCUCGUGCCAUUUUCACCUCUUGCUGUGGCAAGCUCUUCAAACCCAACAGGCCCAUCCUCUUCUUUCAAAAUGGAGCUCCAAUCACGGGAUGAGGUGACAGACUUACCUCUGCUUAUGAGCGUUGAACAAGGGGUCAGUGUGGCCAAAACCACAGUCCUGACACUACGCACCAACAGCAGGCAAUUCAGUCAAACAUUCUGUGAACGACUCCUAUAUAGCUUCGGAAAGUCUCUGGAAUACGUUUCUUCUCUUGCACGAGGGAUUGAUUGUACGCUCUCCGAUAUUUCGCUUCUGGAUGAGAAUCAUUCUCAGAUUCUUGAUCGGCACGCGCGCGGCGGUGUCUUUCCCGAUCAAUACGCAUGGACGUCCUAUCAACUUUUGAGUUACAGGGUGCAACAGACUCCCCAAAGCCUUGCCGUAGAAUAUCAUCAGCGUGGCCAGACAAAAACCUUGACAUAUGAACAACUCGAAACACAGGUUCAGAUGGUGGCCGCUCAUCUUGCGGCGGCUGGUAUCGAGCACAGGACAAGGAUUGCGCUAUUCUUGGACAAAUCUAUCGAGCUAGUGGUGUCUAUAUUUGCUGCCCACUGUCUAGAUUGUGCGUACGUCCCAUUGGAUAUCGAGAGUCCGGCAGCGAGCAUCACCACUCUUAUUGAGCAAACCGACCCCUCCGCUAUUAUCACAACACCAAAUCUGCGAGCCAGCUUGCCAAAUAACCUGGUUCCUGUCUUCACAACGGACACGCUCUUCAGUCCUCAAAAGUCUAUUUCCCUCUCCCGUCGAAGCCAGAAUGCUGGGCUUGACGAUCUUGCAGCUGUGUUAUUCACAAGUGGCACCACUGGAACACCCAAAGGUGUCUCUAUGCCUCAUCGUCAGAUUGUCGGAUACGGCAUUAUGAUGGCCCAGGCAGUCGGGUAUACAACAACCGAUCGAAUUUUCUGGUUUGCAAGACCAGUCUUUGAUGUUUCUCAGAGCGACCUUUUCGGCUCUGUAUUCGCUGGAGCAACUCUUGUUAUCACCCCGCAUGCUGACGCCAUGGCCCGCCUCGCCCCGUUGCUGGCCCAACUACAAAUUACUUCAACUAGUGUCACUCCAUCAAUCGCCUCGCUACUCCGACCGCAGAAUUUGCCACUAAUUCGUUCACUAUUUCUCGCUGGUGAGAUGGCCUCGCAAGAGGUUAUCCGGCGCUGGUCGUCGACGGUUCGUGUCAUCAACGGUUAUGGGCCCACCGAAGGCGUGGUGGUGGCGUGGAAACAUAUGAAGCCCGACACAAGUCCUCACUGUAUUGGUCGUACGGCAAUUGGUAUGGAUGUUUUUGUGUUGGAUGCUCACAUGCGUCAAGCUCCCAUCGGCGUGCGCGGCACAAUCUGGAUCGCAGGAAGGCAAUUGUCCCAGGGAUACUUCGGUCAGCCCGGCGUGACAGACCAAGUCUUCCGGCCGAAUAUAUUUGGGCAUGGACUAAUUUACAACACCGGUGACAUUGGCGUCUGGAGCCAUGCUGGCGAGUUACUCUAUCUAUCUCGGGAGGACCGCCAGGUAAAAAUCAACGGACGACGCGUAGAAUUGGCUGAGAUCGAAAGUUCCCUCUCUACUGAUAGCGUUCAAGUGGCCGUUUUGCUUCUCAAUACGGCAGGGGAUCGGAAAGAAUUGGUCGCCUUCUUCGCGCAAGAAGAGGACCCCCAAAAGAAUCAUUCUGUCGUGGAGGCAGAGCUGUCAGCGCAAGCUAACCGUUAUCUACCACCUCACAUGGUGCCUCGGCGCUUUAUUUCCAUCCCUCACCUGCCAUUGAACGGGAAUGCUAAGAUUGAUACAAAAAGACUCGAGCAGGAUUACCUAAAUGGAUCUCUUCCAUAUGCAAAAGCCAUAACCACAAAGACAGCCCGCAUAAGCGAGGACCCGAUUUUUCCGAAAAUCACCAUGACAGAUGAGGAACUAGAUGGGCGUCUUUCCGAAGCGUUUAUUCAUUUCCCUCCAGCGCUGAGCGCCGAAAACAAAACGGCAGUAGAGACAUCCAAGCGACCUACCAUGUUUCUCUUCUUCGCCGUGACAGGCACGUCUGUCCAAUACCGUUUGCUAGCACAGCGUCUACCCACCUACCGGGUCAUCGGCGUGGAUCAUCUCCGCCCGAAUCAGCCUGAAGCAUAUCCGUCAAUUACCAGUAUGGCGGCCGAUCUCGCGGCAAUUCUGCGCAGACAACAACCACGAGGCCCAUACAAUCUGGGUGGCUUUUCAUUUGGGGGGCUUGUUGCCUGGGCUGUCGCAAAAUAUCUCGAGCAACACGGCGAGACUGUACGUCUGAUUUUGAUUGAUAGCGAAGCCCUUGUACAAGCGCCGAUCCCACCUCCAGCCAGCACGCAGGACUCUCAAUCGGCCACCGCAGAACAAGAAAUGCGUGAGAAGAUGUACGAGCGGCUCUUUGACAUUCCCAGCCGUGAAAUUGCGGACCCCGUCGCCAUACCAGAGCUUGCUGAGUUCCGGGAUACGCUGCUCACCCAGGCGCACCACAAUCUCGCCAUUCAUGACGUUUUCCGGCCAGAAGUGCUGCGUGCACCUGUUUUGUUAAUUUGUCGCUGCAUGGAGAAGAAAGAUCAUCCAGAAGAAGUCCGCUUUGAUGGCAACAGCAAUCGCCAUCAAGGCGCAUGCCAAGGAACCAAUGGAUUCGCCGAGUUUGCCGCGGGCCGUCUUGACGUCCGGUGUGUGCCUAGCUCAGAUCAUUAUACAAUGCUGAAGGAGGAACGAUGCUUGCAAGCGAUCGGAAAGAUACUAGAGGAGGAUUGGCGUGAGAGGAAAUGA